UGAGCUACAACUUCCUCCAUCGCAACCACAUCAACAAUUAACCUCUCUAGCUAGCUCCCUAAUCUCAUGGCCGGCGUUUGGGUGUUCAAGAAUGGUGUGGUGCGGCUGGUUGAGAACACAUCCGGCACCGAGCAGCCAUCAACGGCGAGGCGCAAGGUCCUCGUCUUCACCCCCACCAAUGAGGUGAUAGGCUCUUAUGCCUCCCUUGAACAUAGGCUGAUGGCUUUGGGUUGGGAGCGCUAUUACGAGGACCCGGACCUCCUCCAGUUCCACAAGCGCUCCUCGCUCGACCUCAUCUCCCUCCCGAUUGACUUUGCCCGUUUCAAGUCCAUCCAUAUGUACGACAUCGUUGUCAAGAAUCGUGACUCUUUCAGAGUCAUUGACAUGUAGCAAUACUUUCGAGUGUUCUACUAUCUGAGCAAUAAAAGCGACCGCCCGAAGAAAUAUGAAAGACUGCCUAUAUGUAUGUGUGACAAUGUUUUGAUGCUGUGAAACCUAUCAAUGUAACUGUUUUUGCUUAUCUAUCCAAGUUAAUGAAAGAUGAUGUGCAACCAUGGAUUAGUUUGAAGUCCUUAUCGAAGGCGGG